AUGAUGUCCAUGAACAGCAAGCAGGCGUUCAGCAUGCACCCCAUCCUGCACGAGCCCAAGUACCCCCACCUGCACACCAGCUCGGAAGCCAUCCGCAGAGCCUGCCUGCCCGCCCCCCAGAUCCAGGGGAACAUCUUUGCGGGCUUUGACGAGACGCUGCUGCGGGGAGCCGAGGCUCUGGCCGCCGUGGAUAUCGUGUCGCAGAAAACCCACCCGUUCAAGCCGGAUGCCACCUACCACACCAUGAGCAGCGUGUCCUGCACUCCUACCUCGUCCUCCGUCCACCUGCACCACCCGUCCGUGCUGACCACACACCACCCCCACCACCACCACCACCAGCCCUCGCAGGGCCUGGACGGGGAGCUGCUGGACCACCUCAACUCUGCCCUGCCUCUCGGAGGGGUGCCGGGCCCCGACGUGGGCUCCACGCCUUCGCACCCUCACUCCCACAUGUCGGCCAUCAACCACAUGGCCCACCACUCGCAGCCCAUGAACAUGUCCCACCCCCAUGGCCUCGCUUCCCAUGCCGUCAUCUCUGGCCCCGAGACGGAGACGGACCCACGGGAGCUCGAGUCCUUCGCYGAGCGCUUCAAGCAGCGGAGGAUCAAGCUGGGGGUCACCCAGGCGGACGUGGGCUCCGCSCUGGCCAACCUGAAGAUCCCGGGGGUGGGCUGCCUUAGCCAAAGCACCAUCUGCAGGUUCGAGUCGCUCACCUUGUCCCACAACAACAUGGUGGCCCUCAAGCCCAUCCUGGAAGCAUGGCUGGAGGAGGCAGAGAGGGCGCAAAGGGAGAAAAUGACCAAACCCGAGAUCUACACGGGGGSGGACAAGAAGCGCAAGCGCACCUCCAUCGCCGCCCCCGAGAAGCGCUCGCUCGAGGCCUAUUUCGCCGUUCAGCCCCGGCCCUCCUCCGAGAAAAUCGCCGCCAUCGCCGAGAAGUUAGACUUGAAGAAGAACGUGGUGCGGGUCUGGUUUUGCAAUCAGAGACAGAAGCAGAAAAGGAUGAAAUUUUCUGCCACCUACUGA